UGGAAGCCCCACCUUUUGUGUUUCCCGCACCGUCAAUCAAAAUAGAAAAAAUAGGCUCGAAUCACCGAUCGCAGCCCGCCUCCGUGUAAUAUAAUCAUGUUUGGCGUUUAAUUAAGCCGAGAUUUUUCCUAUUAAAGUAAUUCCCGUAAUGACUGCGCCUGAACAGCCUGUGAAUCGAGAGGAAAUGGCUGCCUUAGACGUGGACAGUAGUCAAAGCGAGUUUCCGCAGCAAGAUGGUAGCAGGGGAGAUCAGGACACGCAGCCGUCACCGCUCGCGCUGCUGGCAGCGACCUGCAGCGAGCUCGGCUCGCCGGCCUCCGAGAGGGAGAACGGCGCUGCCGCUGCUGUGGCAGCAGACCCUACAUCAGUGCAGUUAACCAGCACAUCAGAACGAUGGGAUGGAACCAAGGAUGAGUCAGGCAUUGUGCAGCUGCCUGGCACGGGCAUAGUCACCUCCAAUGGGCAGUAUGUUCUUCCUCUUCAGGGCCUCCAAGGCCUUCAGAGCCAACCCAUCUUGCUAACAUCAGGAACAGACUCCUCCGCCAAUGCAGUGCCUAACAUCCAGUACCAGGUUAUCCCUCAGAUCCAGACGGCAGAUGGACAGCUGAGCUUCUCUACCUCAACAGUGGAGGGUGCCUCGCUGACUCAGGAUGCCUCGGGGCAUAUCCAGAUUCUCCCUGAUGGCUCUCAGACCAUCAGUGUAGCUGGUACUGCAUCAGCUAGCAUCCUCAGCAACAGCCAGAACCUCAUGGCCCAACCUGGCCAGGUCCAGCAGAUCCAGGGAGUCACUUUGGGAAGUUCAACCUUUAAUAGCCAGGGGCAGGUGGUUGCUAACGUGCCUGUGGGUCUGCCUGGUAAUAUUACCUUUGUGCCCAUAAACAGUGUAGAUUUGGACUCGCUGGGUCUGUCUGGGGCCCAGACAAUAGCCACAGGGGUGACUGCUGAUGGGCAACUAAUCAUGACCAAUCAGACAGUGGAAAAUUCGGAGGGUUCAGAGAAAGUAGGAGAACCGUUAUCACAGCCAACGCUAGUGGUGAACAACACUAAUGCAGCAGCAGACAUGUUUGUGCCUACCACAUCUUCCUCCUCCUCCUCAUCCUCACAGAUGCCCACCAGCACGAUAGAUGGCACAGGCGUGCUGACCCAGGCCACGGCGGUGCCCGAGCAGACAGACGGCUACCUCUCUCAGGGCCAGGUGUCGGCAGGGCAGCAGGUGAUUCAGCUGCAACAAGUGCCCCUCCAGACCAGUGAUGGGCAAGUAGUCCAGCAGCAGAUAUCUGCUCAGGGCCAGCAGCCUCUACAGAACGUACAGCUCAUAAACCCAGGGACCUUCCUCAUUCAGGCGCAGACAGUCACACCAUCAGGGCAGAUACAGUGGCAGACCUUCCAGGUUCAGGGUAUUCAAAACCUCCAGAACUUGCAGCUCCAGACAGCACCAGCUCAGCAGAUCACUUUAGCCCCAGUGCAAACACUAUCUCUUGGGCAGGGGGCUUCACUGAGCUCCACGCCUGUAAGCAUCAGCUCUGGGCAGAUCCCAAACCUACAGACAGUCACCGUUAACUCAGUGGGCCAAGCAGGGAUCCAUCUCCAACAAUCCGAAGACACAGACAGCCCUGGAGAUAUUCACAUAAAGGAGGAGCCAGACUCAGAAGAGUGGUCUCAUGGUGGUGACUCCACUCUGAAUACUAAUGACCUGUCUCACCUACGUGUGAGAUUGGUGGAAGAGGACAUGGAAGGGAUGGGCCAGGAGGGCAAACGGUUGCGCAGGGUCGCAUGCACUUGCCCUAACUGCAAAGAGGGUGGUGGGAGGGGCUCUAACAUGGGGAAAAAGAAGCAACAUGUGUGUCACAUAGCAGGCUGUGGGAAGGUGUAUGGGAAGACAUCUCACCUGCGAGCCCAUCUGCGCUGGCAUUCAGGAGAGAGACCGUUUGUUUGCAACUGGAUGUUCUGUGGCAAGAGAUUCACACGCAGCGAUGAGCUCCAGAGACAUCGGAGAACACAUACGGGGGAGAAGAAAUUUGUGUGUCCGCAGUGCUCCAAGCGUUUCAUGCGUAGCGACCACCUGGCCAAGCACAUAAAGACACAUCAGAAUAAAAAGGGCGGAGGUGGCACAGUGGUGGCCAGCGUGGACACAUCCGCUUCUUCUGACAGCAUCAUCACUUCCAGCGGUACCACACUCAUCCUCACCAACAUCCAGCCGGGAGCCGUGCAGGGCCUUGCUACGGUCAACGCUACCGUUAAUACGUCCAACUCGCAGGAUUUGCUGACUACAGCAGAGAUGCCCCUGCAACUAGUCACUGUCUCAGCCAGUGAAGCCACUGAGUGACCGACACAUGGGAGCUGAGUAACCAAAGGGGAAGACAUGGUAGACUUUUAUGGAAGAACCACAUUUAAUUUGGCUGCCAAGAUUCAGUGGCUUCCUUUUUCCUUUCCAUCAUCCUCUUCGAUUUCUCCCUCCUGGACCUUGACCAUAGACUCCCCCCUCACACAUUUAUCGUGCUUUUUAUACACACAGAUUAUUCUCAUUUACGUAAAUACAUAUAUUUACGUAAAUGCAUAUAUAUACAUAUAUAUAUGCAUAUAUAUAUUUUACAAAUAUAGAAUAUUGAUUUAUGUUUGUCUGCAGUCUUUUUAUGGUGAGAGUGGAGCAGAAGAGAAUCGUUUAAUGUGGUUCCCAUAUAAAAACACUGAAAUGCCUUAUUUUGUAUCAUACUCUGUUGUGUACAAAAGUAGAGUUGCUGAUGAGUUAUAUAGCAACUGUUUCAAUGUGUAUGUGUCUGAAUGGGAAUAGUCUUUAUAAAGGAAGCUGCAGAUCCAGUAAAUAGGAGGGAUGUUAAUCUAAUGUUGUGGCUAGGUUAGGUAAUGUCUUGGCAUUAGUUGGCCACACCAUUAAGUGAGGUUUAUCAAUGUAAAACAUGACAGAACGCUAGAAUGAAGUGUGCCACUGGCUGUUAUGAAGUUCUUCAUGUCCAAAUGUGUCUUUAACUGUUGCUGAUGCUUUUUUCUGAAAACAUGCAUUUAUGAUUUCUUCUAUGUGGCCCUUUUGUUCUGUUUAGUCAAAUCAAGGCUUUGCAAGGCUCCCUCUCUAAGCUGAAGCAUUGUGAAGAAAUUUGCAGGUGGCAAAACAACAAAAAAACAAUCAAUGUAAUUAAAAACUGUUUCUUUUUCUUGAACCUCUUACAGCUGAUCCGAUGUUAUGCAUUUGUUGUCAAGUCUUUUUGAGCAAGAAAAUAUUUAUAUGAGGCUUUGCAUAGUAAACUGGUUUUGUGGUGUCUACAUCUCUUGAAUGAGCUUUUUUAAAUUUGUUUUAAUAUGUAUAAAUAUUCCAAUAUGUCACUUUUAUAAGAGUGAGCUAUCUAAACUGAAUCGUAAUCAGAAUCAUUGAUAUAAAAUGGGCAGAUUUGUGUUUUAGAUCUGAGAAAUCACUGAAGUUUCACAGUGUUUGGUUGCAUGAAGCGGGAAUGAUUUCUGUGUCAGACAUGUCUGGUAUUUCUCUUUCUGGGUUAUGCGUGGUGGUGUGCGUGUGUGUGUGUGUACAGUUGUGCCACAUUCUGAUCAGGUAGGAGUACUGCGUUACAAGACCAUUCUGCCUCCAGUGUUCAAAUUGUUUGGACCAAAUUCAAUCAAAUCACUCUCAAAAUGCUUACUGAUAUGUGGACUGAACUAAUACUUCUAACCACCAUCUAACAAGCAAAGAGUUGACUUUAUUCUUUAGGUCAAUCUGGUCUGUACAAGAAGUGCAACAUUUUAAUCCUACUGUAUUGCGAUCACUAGAUUGACUGUGGUUCUGUAUAAUUUGAUUGAAUGAGGUCAGAGUCAGUAGUUUUGUCUUUGCUCUGAUCCACCAUGGCCCUGUUAGGAAGAGGCUGGAGCACUCUUGGUCUAAGAUGCAGUAGAGAGAGGAAAAGAAAUGGUCCUUUUCACACCUGUUCAUUUUACUCAGUUUGAUAAAGAAUUUUUGUAAAGACGACGUGAAUCUUUUUAUAUACUGCCCAGAUUGCUGAAGGACACUCUUUUUGCCCUUGGUAUGUGUCUCUCCAUAUGCAGUUUGGUCUUCAAGUGAUAGUGUAGAAUUAUUUUCCCCUUGAUCUGUACGGUGGUUUUGCACUUUCAUAUGAAAGAUUAUUUCAUGUAAUCGAGACAUAUGAAUUUUGAUUUCUGUUGCCAGUCAGUUUUUGGGAGAUUUGGGCGAUAAAAACAAGAAAAUUAAACAAUUAUGAUCCAAACUAAAGUACUCGAUUUUGUUGAAAUGGAAGUUUUCAUUACUAAAUUGUAAUUGAUGAAACACUAUUUUGUUUUCUGAAUUAAUGAUUGUUUUCUUCUUAAAAUUUGCAGAUAUUUUAAUAUGAUGCCCUAGUUUGUGAUGUCAAUCCGAUUUUGUUCAUUAUAUAUAGCAUUGUAACACGUCUCUUGUACUUUUAUUUGGUUGUUUUUCCAAAAAAAAAGCUUCAAAUAUUGUACAAUGCCCACUUUUGAGGGCAGCUUUUUAUUUCACACUAAAAUGACUAAACAGAA